AUGUUCACCAAUAUUUUUAUCAUCAUUCUUUUGAGUACACAGGAUAACUCAAAUUUUAUCAAAAAAGAAAAUGUUGAUGGAUGGUGGAAAGACUUGCAGCAGGCUUUUCAACGUUAUUAUGAGCAAAGCAAGAACAGUUUCGAUGAUACGUUGAAUGAAAUCAAACGUCGAACCUUACAGGCAAUUGAAAUGGGCAAAGAAAAAUUUUCAGAAUUACAAGAGAAAUAUAAUGAAAUACAAGAUAGUAAUAAAACUUUAGAUAAUGAAAAAAAUGUCUGGGAAAGUCGUCUUGAGGAAUUGAAAGAUCAGAGCUUGAAAACUCUAAAGAAUAUAAAUGAAAAGUACGAGCAAUUGAAGAAAAAAACUGAGAAUGUUAUAAAACAGCAACAGGAAAUAUGGCAAACGAAAAUUAAAGAAUUGGUAGAGGAUAUUCGUAAGAUUGAAGAAAAAAAAACCGAUAUUAAGUAA